AUGAGCCGAAAACUACGCUCUUCAGAAGUUAUAGAACAACUUGGCGAACCACUACCGCUUCCGUACUUAGUAGAUACUCCAAAAGCCACAAAAUCAGGCGCAGUACCGAAUGAAAGUAAUAUUUCGCCACCCAAUCAACUAGCCGAUCAUAUUUUGCGGCGCAAAAACAGAAUUCUCAGCGGUGAAAGUCGUUUAGAACAAGUGCAUCAGGUCAAAGAACCCGUCGUAUAUCCUCUCCGGCUACUAAGGCAAGCAGAGGCUGAAGUUGACAAAGAAUCAAUUCUUGAUGAAAUAGAGAGAAAAAUACAACUUUUGAAAGUUGACAUGAAGAAUUUCAAGGACUCCUCGUCGGCUCUGAUCGUGCUUGAACGAAUCAAUAAAGAUUUAGAUGAGAUCCAACAAUGGAAACAACAUGAUAGUAUUUUGGGUGAGCUCGAACGACUUCAGAACCAAACAUCCGCUCUUGAAAACCCCGGCUUCAGUGGACGCUACAGAAUAGCCGCGGUCGUCACAAUACUUGCUUGUCUAUUGGGACUAUCAUUCUUUGCGGGUCAGUAUUCGUAUGAAUACUGCUACUACUUUUGUUGA